CCUAAGCAUGUCACAUGAUCAAAACAUGGCGGCAGUUAUCUAAGCGCUUUUGGUCAACUCCAAUUCAUGUUCAGGCUGUAAUCGCCGUAAUCUUUAUGUGUCUGCAUUGUCACAGGUCUCAAAUACGACUAUUAGAUACAUUUGCAUAAAGUUAGAAGGAAGACCUCCAGAGGAACAAUCACUAAAGAUGGUAUCAAUUCCUAAGACCACACUUUCUGGUGGUCUGGAGAUAGCAAAGAUUCUGAAUGGAAUGUGGCAAGUGUCUGGUGCCCAUGGCAACAUAGAUCCCAGUAAAGCAGUUGAGGAAAUGCUCAAGUACUAUGAUGCAGGCCUCACAACCUUUGACCUAGCAGAUAUAUAUGGCCCAGCAGAAGAGAUAUAUGGUGCCUUUGUACAGAAGCUUGCCAGCCAGCGAGGUGGUGAAGCUGUUUCCAAGAUACAGGGCCUGACAAAGUUUGUGCCCCGACCAGGACCAAUGUCACGACAGGUGGUCGAAGGGGCCAUUGUUCAGUCAGUGCAACGGAUGAAGGUUUCCCACCUGGACUGUGUCCAGUUUCACUGGUGGGACUACUCGGACAAGAGGUACCUGGAUGCACUGAAACACUUGCAGGAUCUCCGGAUGGAGGGAAAGAUAGGUGAGGUGGCACUGACAAACUUCGACACAACUCGUCUACAAGAGAUCAUUGACCACGGAGUGACCGUGUCCAGCAACCAGGUCCAGUUUUCCCUCCUUGACAUGCGGCCAGCAAGAAAGAUGGCACCGGUCUGCGAGGCAAACAAUGUCAAAAUACUGGCAUAUGGUGUGUUAGGUGGUGGUUUGAUCAGUGAGAAGUACUUGGGGAAAGCGGAGCCUAAGGGUCGGUCUGUCCUCAACACUGCCUCCCUCAGCAAGUACAAGAACAUGAUAGAUACCUGGGGUGGAUGGCCAUUAUUUCAAGAGCUGCUGCAGGUGCUAGAUGAGAUUGCUAAGACUCACAAUGUAUCAAUUCCCAACAUUGCCGCCAACUACAUCCUCGCACAGCCGGCGGUCGGGGGCGUCAUUUUGGGAUGCCGACUAGGAGUGCCAGGCUGUGAACAUAUUGAUGACAACCUGCGAGCACUCACUGUGAACCUUACAGACUCAGAUAAGCUUGAUAUUGACUCUGUGUUGAAGAAAGGUCGUGACCUGAUGUCUGUUAUUGGAGACUGUGGAGACGAGUACAGAUGAUGUGUACAAAGUUUGGAGAAUCUCUUACAGCUGAGAUUAAUGUGAAUUAACGUAUUAUUAU